AUGUGGAAGAGUGUGUGCAAACCCCUUUUAACUAAUAGACUGACUACAAUACAUCCCAAAAUGAAGAGGCAGAUGACCUUGAAUAACUUCUUCACAUCCGUGAAGAAGAGCGAUACAAAUACUCCAGCAUCGACAACACCAAAGAAAAUGGAGAAGGACGAGUCGCCGCAAAUUCCUGCCACAAAGACCGCAGAGGAGAAACACGAGAAUAUGGAUGUGGAUACGGAUCCAGUUAUCUCCUCCUCAGAAGUCUCUGCGAAGAGAAACUCGCCCCUGACUUCCCCAUCACCAACCCCAGUAGUCAGCAAGAAGAUCAAAAUACAGGACGAAAACAACGACACGAAAGAGUUUUACUCUACUGUCCCCUACGCGGAUCUGUGUAAUCUGUUCCAAGAAAUCGAAGGGAUCUCUUCAAGACUAGCAAUCAUCAAAUUGUGCUCUAGUUUCCUGAUCUCUGUUAUGAAACUAGACCCGCGGAAUUUGAUCCCAAUGACGUACCUAUUCAUUAACAAGCUAGGUCCAGAUUAUAUGCCAGGGUUAGAGCUUGGGUUGGGUGAAAACUUGCUGAUCAAGACAAUCGCGGAAUCGUGUGGACGGUCUUUACAGCAGAUAAAAACAAAAUAUCACGAGAUUGGAGACUUGGGCCAGAUUGCAUUGGAGGCGAGAAAAGUUCAACCCACUAUGUUCAAACCGAAACCGUUGACCGUUGGAGAGGUGUUCCAAAAUCUAAAGAGCAUCGCCUCAAGUCAGGGGAAAGACUCUCAAACCAAAAAGAUAAAACUUAUUAAGAGGAUGCUUACUUCAUGUCAAGGUGUCGAAGCAAAGUUUCUCAUAAGAUCGUUGGAAUCAAAAUUAAGGAUCGGGCUUGCAGAGAAAACUGUUUUGAUUUCACUCUCGAAAGCAUUGUUAGUUUAUGAAUAUGGUGAAUCCGAUAAAGAUAUAGAUAUGGAGACUGUUGAAAAUGCUGAGCAAAAAAUCAGAGAUGCAUUCUGUCAGGUACCGAAUUACGAAGUCGUCAUCGAUUCAUGCCUUAAGCACGGUAUCAUGAACCUGGACCAACAUUGUAGUCUAAGACCUGCCAUUCCUUUGAAACCGAUGUUGGCAAAACCAACUAAAUCUAUCAGUGAGAUUUUUGACAGGUUCCAAGACCAGAAAUUUACCUGUGAAUACAAAUAUGACGGUGAAAGAGCUCAAGUACAUCUUUUGGAGGAUGGAACUAUGAGGAUAUACUCGCGUAACGGUGAGAAUAUGACUGAGCGGUACCCUGAAAUCCACAUACGUGACUUUGUGACGGAUCUGUCACAUACGAAGUCUUUGAUUCUGGAUUGUGAAGCAGUCGCCUGGGAUAAGGAACAAAAUAAGAUCUUACCGUUUCAAGUGCUGAGCACAAGAAAGAGGAAAGACGUUGAUAUCAACGAGAUUAAAGUUCGUGUCUGUCUCUUUGCAUUUGAUAUCCUGCUACAUAACGAUGAAAAACUGAUAAAUAAGUCGUUACAGGAAAGACGCGAUAUCCUUCACAGCAUCACAAAAGAGGUAACCGGUGAGUUUCAGUUUGCAACCGAGAUGACAACCACAAAUUUAGAGGAGCUGCAGAGCUUUUUGGAUCAAUCAGUGAAAAACUCUUGUGAGGGAUUGAUGGUCAAGAUGUUGGAAGGAGAGGAAUCCCACUACGAACCAAGCAAACGGUCCCGUAACUGGUUGAAAUUGAAGAAAGAUUAUCUCGCUGGUGUUGGAGACUCUUUAGAUCUUUGCGUAUUGGGGGCAUAUUUUGGUCGCGGUAAACGUACCGGUAACUACGGUGGGUUCUUACUUGGAUGUUACAACCAGGAUACUGGCGAAUUUGAAACUGCGUGUAAAAUUGGGACUGGAUUUUCAGACGAAGUGCUUCAACAAUUACACGAAAGAUUGAAGAGUACGGUCAUCGAUUUGCCUAAGGCAACGUAUGUUUUCGAUCCCAGUGCCGAGCCAGAUGUCUGGUUUGAGCCAACAUUAUUGUUUGAAGUUUUAACCGCCGACUUGUCGUUAUCUCCAGUUUACAAAGCUGGUAGUUCUACUUAUGAUAAGGGCGUCUCAUUGAGAUUUCCUCGUUUCCUGAGAUUAAGAGAAGAUAAGGGCGUUGAAGAUGCAACGUCUUCGGAACAAAUUGUGGAAAUGUACGAGAAUCAGGCAAAUUUGCAACAAUAA